UGGUAAAAAGAGACUAUUUCAAUUGAAGAAAAAUGGCUGCUGACUGGUUGAAUCCCAGAGUAAAGGGAAAAGAGAAGGCAACAGACGAAAAAGAAGAGCUAUUUGUGUUUGGAUAUGCAUGUAAACUUUUCAGAGACGAUGAACGGGCAUUAUCUAUCGACAAGGGAUCCCACCUGAUACCAUGGAUGGGCGACGAUAAACUGCUGAUAGACAGGUACGAUGGGCGAGGUCACUUGUAUGACCUUAAGCCAUAUGACUCGAGUCAUGCUCAGCCAUGUGAACUAACAGCAGAGGAGGAGAAACUGGAAGAGCUGUGCAAUGAAGAGAGGUAUCUAGAGCUGCAUACAGAUGUGGCAGAAAAGAAGUUGUACGAAGAGGAAGAAUGGAAGCGAUAUUACCAGUCUCUCUCAGAGGGCUAUGGAGCCGUAGGAUUCAGCUACGACUAUCACAAUCAUCAACAUAACAGUGAAUACUACCAAGCUAAUGCAGAAGAAGAAAAACCAUUUGAGGUACCACCAGAGUUGAACCUCCCAGAUGACAUCACACCGCCCGAUACAGAAAAAAGCAAUGCCAUCAUAGAGAAGACAGCAAAAUUUGUGGCGAAACAGGGGGCACAGAUGGAAAUCCUUAUCAAAACAAAGCAAGCGAACAAUCCACAGUUUGAAUUUCUCCACUUUGAAAAUCCAUUGAAUCUGUACUAUAAACACAUGGUGAAGAUGAUCAAGUCUGGGAAGUACAAACCCAAGGAGGAAGCAGUGGAAGAGGAAGAUCCAGACAAUGAGGAUGAAGAUGAGGGUCAUGGAUACCUCCACCCGAGUCUGAUGGUCACCAGGAAAGCCUCCCCGGCCCCCGAGGUCCCUGCCUACAAACCCUUAGAGAUGCCCAAAGUCUCUGUCCAUGACACACCUUAUGGUCAGCUCAUCAAAUCAUUGGCCAAAAAGCAGCAGCCAGAUGCAACUGAAGAUGUAAACCAGGUCUCUGAUUAUCAGGAUGAGAUAAAACCAUUGAAGCCCCCUCCACUGCCCCCUUUCUAUCAGGAUGCAGGCUACAGUGGUAACCACCACGCCCAUCCGCCACCCCCAGGAAUAGAACCAGUCACCCUCCCUUCACGGCUUCAAACUGAGCCCCCGCCCCCUGGAACUGAUGUGGAAGGACAGAUGCUGACCCACAGACAAACACAGCAUGUUAUGGAUGAUUACCAAACUCAGGCACAGUCCAGAGCUUCUCCGGGCCCAUUUGAUCACAUCGUUCCUCCUCCACCAGACAUACAGCCAGUCAUCGACAGAAUGGCAAUGUAUGUUGCCAAAAACGGCAUCGAGUUUGAGAUUGUGGUCAAGAGUAAGAACGAUCCAAGGUUCCAGUUUCUCUUGCCACAUCAUGUCCAUUUUCCUUACUAUGACUUCAAGAAGCAGAUUCAUAUGAGGGAGGCAGCAAAAGAUAGAGGAAGAGAGAUGAGGGAUGUCGAAAAGCCAACAGCAAAACUGAGCUUCUCCAUCAAACCUAAAGCUAAAGAGGAGAACAAACGUAAAGAGAAAAAGAAAAAGAAAGUGUUUGAUAACGAAAGCAGUGAAAAUGAUGCUGACUCUGACAGAGAAAAGUCCAGUGCUUCGGGGACAUCAACUCCAGUAGGGAGUGACUACACUGAAGAAAAACCAGAGAAACCGCAGGUCCCUCAAGAAGAGAGAGACAGGAAGAUUGCGGAGGACAGGCUCCGAGACAAGAUGGCUCAUGCUGCCAGGGAGAAGCUGGCGCAGACCUCUCGUGAGAAACAAAUGCAGGCCGAGAGGAAGAGGAAGGCAGCCAUGUUCAUCAACAUGUUGAGAUCGUGUAACCCAGGAGCUGCUGGGGACGAAGAAAAACUGGAAGAAGAAUUCCUCAAUGCUAAAGAUUCAGAGAAGUCCACUCCUGUCCCUACCCCUGGUUGUAGCCCAUAUUAUGGUCCACUAGAAAAGGAUAAAUGUGAAGAGGUCAUUGCCAAAAAGCCAAAGAAAUCAAAGCACAAGGACAGGUCAAAGAGAUCAAGGUCAAGGUCACCACGGAGAAGGAGGAGGCAGAGUAGAUCUCCCAGUCCAGUCCGAAAAUUAAACAGAUCUCAUUCACCGAAGCGAUCUCUAUCACCAUCUCGCCGAAGGUCAAGGUCACCAGCUCGCCGUCGGUCAAGGUCACCAGCUCACAGAGGAAGUGGACGAGACAGACAUUCCAGUUCCAAAAAGUCCAAGAAAAGAAGAAGAUCUAGGACAUCAUCAAGAUCUCCAAAGCCCAAGUCAAACCCCGAGCAGCCAGUCAGUAUAGACCUGACAGUGGAUGAUAGCCCUGAGCAGCCCAGUGUAAUGAAUGGAGACGAGUCAUCUUACAGUUUAUCACAGUAUAACUUAGAGCAGAAUCAAAGGAUGUAUGAUCAGAGAGAGCCAUCAUCAGACAGGCUGACACCAAGCCUGGAUGCUGAUGAUAGCAACAGUAAUGCCAGCGACUCCAGAUCAGUGUCAAGUUACAUGAGAGAAAGAGUGCGCGCCAUCAUUAAAGCGAGUAGAAAAGCCAUUAUGGAGGAAGAAGGACCCUUGUACGACGACACGUGACAUUGACUACCAUUGUAGUUAUUGACAUGUGACAUUGUGUACUUGUGUAACCACUGAACAAUGACACGUGACAUUGAAUACCAGUGUGAUCAAUGUUGAGGAAAACAAUCUCAAAAAUCUUGUACAGUGUCUUCUGAGCAUAUUUGAGACUGUGCACUUGUCCAUCAAGAAAAAGAGGGCAUUGUAAGAAAAACAAUAUGGACUUGAGAAAAUAUGUUGAGAUAAUCUGAAGUGCUUGAAUCCCCUCCCAGUACUCUGGAGACCUUUUCAGCAGUGUAUUUUGAGUAAAUGCUCACUACAUAAUGUAUAUCAGGUGCAAGACAAUUUUUUUCUUGUGUAUGUGGAUGUUUUAUCAAAAUCCAAGAAAGAAAUAAUAAAAAAUAAUAUCAUUGAAAAUGACUUUUUUCCUUGUAAACAAAGUUCUACACAGAACAUGUACAUGUAGCUGGAAUAAAAUGCUACUCAUGAGAGGAAAUAAUUCAUGUAUACUAAUAUGAUCUCACAAGUCUGACAAUUUCUUCAAAUCAGGUCUGUAUUAUACUGUGGUAAAGAAAUGCAGCAAUUUUUGUUUUUAUUCCCUCUCUGUUGCAAUUAAAAGCUUAAACUUUGCUAGAAAA